GUAUGCAUUGACUAUUUCCACAAGCUCACCAAGUCAGGGUCUUCCACUCUUCCUUACUUAAGAAGAGAGUACUCUAUGGUUGCUGCUCAUAGCUUGGCUAGCCAGCACUGUCCAUGGCCAUGGCAUUUCGCCUCAUUAUACUCGCACUAGUACCGCUGCUGGCGACCGUGCUCGCUGCUCCUUCCCUUCCUAGCAGCAAUGACACUGACCUCGACGCGCUGCUUGCGUUCAAGGCGCAGCUGUCCGACCCACUCGGCGUCCUCCGCAACAGUUGGGCUACCAAUGUGUCCUUCUGCCUCUGGGUAGGCGUGUCAUGCGGCCGGCGCCAAAGCCAUCGCGUCACCGCCCUGGAGUUGCCGGGCGUGCCCCUCCAUGGUCAGCUCGCCCCUCACCUUGGAAACCUCUCCUUCCUCUCUGUUCUCAACCUCACCAGCUCCAACCUCGUCGGCUCCAUCCCCGCCGAGCUCGGCCGGCUGCGUCGCCUUAGGCGGCUCAAUCUUGCACACAACAACUUGUCUCACUCCAUUCCAUCGACCUUUGGGAACCUUACAGGUCUCCAAGUUCUUGAUGUGAGCGGCAACAUGCUGUCUGGUCAAAUCCCAACGGAGAUGCAAGGAUUGCGCAACCUUGCCUACAUAGCUCUGCAUGCCAACUACUUGAGUGGUCAUCAGAUACCAACUCAUCUGUUCAACAACACACCUCUACUAAGCUAUGUCUCCUUUGGGAACAACAGUCUGUCUGGGUCGAUACCUGACAGCGUCGGCUCCUUGCCCAUGCUUGACUUCCUUGGCCUGCAGCGAAACCAGCUCUCUGGGCCAGUUCCCUCGGCCAUUUUCAAUAUGUCUAGACUUAGGAUGCUGUAUAUGGCCAGUAACAAUCUGACUGGCCCUGUUCCUGGCAGCAAUGGUAGCCUUAGUCUCCCCAUGUUGCAAGUAAUAUCCCUCUCUCAGAACUACUUCACAGGUCCGAUUCCUUCAGGCCUUGCUUCGUGCAAGAACAUCAGGAUCAUCUCUCUAUCUCAGAAUUUCUUUACGGGUCCUGUGCCGGCAUGGCUGGGUGAGCUGCCAUUCCUUUCCGGCCUUUUAGCUGGGGGGAACGAACUUGUUGGGCAAAUCCCUCGUGUUCUUGGGAAUCUUACCAUGCUCACCAGGCUUGACCUCUCAUUCUGCAAGCUCAAUGGAGAGAUCCCGAUUGAAUUGAGCAAGUUGAGACAGCUCAAUAUUUUGGAGCUUUCAUCUAAUGGACUCACAGGUUCUUUUCCUACUUUUCUUGGCAACUUGACAUCAUUAACCGCAAUAGGGUUGGCCCUCAAUCUACUGACCGGGUCAGUACCAGCAACACUUGGGAACAUGAGAUCACUACAACUCCUCGAUCUUGGAUCAAACCGCUUCCAAGGGGAGCUUGGCUUCUUGGAUGGUCUCUCGAAUUGCAGGGAGCUCCGUCUCAUAAAUUUGCAGGUGAAUGAUUUCAGUGGAGGCCUUCCUGACUAUACUGGAAACCUCUCCAAGAAGCUUGUGAGUUUUGAUGCAACUGGCAACAAGUUGACAGGAGGAAUUCCAUCGACAAUAUCAAAUCUAAGUGGUGUCAGCUCGUUGAUCCUUAUGAACAACCAACUAAGCCAGUCGAUCCCAGAAUCCAUCACGACUAUGGAGAACCUUGAGAGGAUUGACAUCUCAGGGAAUAGCUUUGUUGGUCCCAUCCCGGCGCGAAUUGGUAUGCUCAAGAGACUGGUACAAUUAUUUCUCUACAACAACAAAUUCUCUGGUUCUAUACCAGAUGGCCUUGGUAAUCUCACUUUGUUGGAAUACAUUUCCUUGUCUUAUAACAAUCUGUCCUCACAUGUGCCAGCAAGCUUGUUUCUUCUUAAUAACCUUGUUGAACUGAAUCUGUCCCAUAACUCUCUGACUGGUGCAUUACCUUUUGAUCUCGGCCACAUGAAACAGAUUAACAAAAUAGAUCUCUCCAACAACAACUUGGUUGGCAGCCUUCCAGAUUCCUUUGGACAGCUCCGGAUGCUAACUUACCUAAGCCUGUCUCACAACUCAUUUCAAAAUUCUAUUCCAUACAGUUUUCGCAAUUUAAUUAGCUUAGGAACACUGGACCUAUCUUCCAACAACUUCUCGGGUACCAUCCCAAAGUACUUGACAAACUUAACCUACCUCACAAGCCUGAACCUGUCCUUCAAUGAGUUACAAGGUUCAAUACCAGAUGAAGGUGUUUUCAGAAACAUCACCUUGCAAUCUCUGAUAGGAAACUUUGGUCUGUGCGGUGCUCCCCGUUUAGGGUUUUUGCCAUGCCUGGAUACCUCUCACUCUGAUAAUAAUGGACAUUUACUAAAAUUCCUACUACCUUCUUUUGCUUUAACAUUGGCGGCUAUAGCUAUUUGCUUAUACCUGCUGAUAAGAAGGAACAGUCUGAAGCAGGGAGAGGUAACACCUGCUGCUGAUGGAGUUGAUCCAAUCAGCCAUAGGUUAGUGUCCUACCAUGAGGUUGCUCGUGCCACUGAAAAUUUCAAUGAGGACAACCUACUUGGAGUUGGAAGUUUCGGAAAAGUUUUCAAGGGCCAACUGGACGAUGGUUUGGUGGUGGCGAUAAAAGUGCUCAACAUGCAAUUCGAGCAGGCCGUGAGGAGCUUUGAUGCUGAAUGUCAAGUGUUGCGGAUGGCCCGGCAUCGCAACUUGAUACGGAUAUUGAAUACCUGUUCCAACUUGGAUUUUAGAGCACUGCUGCUUCAGUACAUGCCCAAUGGUAGCUUGGAGACAUGCUUGCACACUGAAAAUAGUGAACCACUAGGAUUCAUCAAGAGACUGGACAUUAUGCUUGGCGUGUCGGAGGCAAUGGAGUAUCUGCACCAUCAUCACUGUCAGGUUGUCCUACACCGCGACCUGAAGCCUAGCAAUGUGCUGUUUGAUGAGGACAUGACGGCGCAUGUUGCCGACUUUGGCAUUGCGAAGUUAUUAGGCGAUGACAACUCCAUGGUCUCAGCGAGUCUGCCAGGGACAAUUGGGUACAUGGCCCCAGAGCUUGCGUACAUGGGGAAGGCGUCACGGAAGAGCGACGUGUUCAGCUUUGGGAUCAUGCUGCUCGAAGUCUUCACCGGCAAGAGGCCCACAAGCCCCGUGUUCCUUGGAGAAUCCAGCCUCAGGCAGUGGGUUUCGCGAGCAUUUCCAGCAAGGCUCGUCGAUGUUGUUGACGAGAAGCUGCUGCAAGGUGAAGAGAUGAACAGGCGCGGCUUUCACCACGAAAACAAUACUACUACAUCGACAUUGCCUUCCACUGCCCGCAAGGGCGACUUUCUUGUGUCGACAUUCGAGCUGGGCCUGGACUGUUCGGCCGACUCUAGUGACCAGAGGCCGAGCAUGAGCGAUGUGGUCGCUAGGCUGAGGAACAUCAAGAAGGAUUGCUCUGCUUCCGUGGCAGCGAAGAAAGGGUCUCAGCAGCAUUGAUCGGUCUAUGUGGUGAUGUGUUUUGUUCUCCUUGUUAGUGUCAUGAAUGUAUUGCAUUGUUUCUCUUCAGUUAAUUGUACCUACCCAGGUAGCGGAGUUGUAACCUGAUGGUGGUCAUCUGCACCUGCCACUGCUGUCAUAUUAUCACCAUCUAAACCUGCAGUUGAUGUUCCUCGGAAGUAAAUACAAAUCACUGUAAGAAAUACUACCGUCCAUGAGACCGAUGGAACAUCAAGUGCAUGGUCAGUGGGAUAAUUGGGAUUGUAGCACCGUCAGCGUUGAAGAGCAUUUGCUCCAUCAGCCUCCUUGUCCCUGGCCUUCUGAACAUCUGCUCAAUAUUUCAGGAACAAAACAUGUGUGGCAGAUUAGCCUCUAAAUACGUGCAUCAACCGCUAACCACUUGUAUCCACUCAACAUGUGAUUUACUGACGGCUGCAGAUA